AAGCCGUUCCGUGGUAUACCAAUAGUAUGUAUAAUGUUCAUUCCAACCAUUCCCUUCAUAAUUCCUUAAAACCAAUACGGUUUUAUAAUGGAUAAUGAACUAAAUGACAUUAUUAUUGAAGCUAUAGAAGUGUUUAUUAAUCACAUACUCUAUACAAGGGAUGUGUAUCCAUCUCAAAUCUUUAAGAAACGUAAAAUAUAUAAUACACCGGUAUUUGCCUCAAUUUAUCCGCCAUUAAACACAUAUUUGUACAAAGUUUUAAGAACAAUAAGAGAACUCCUUAGGACUGGAGAGCUGGAAGGCGUAGAAGUCUUACUGUAUAAAGAUGAUGUGGAAAUUUACGAGAGAUAUAGAUUUCAAAUAAAGCCAUUAACCGAGCGCACAGCUGGGGAAGAUGAGUUUCUUAUGGACAUGGAAGAACAACUUAGGGCAUCGCUUUAUUGCCUGGCCGAAAGAGUAAAAGCCUUAGAUAAACUGCCAUCAGAUUGUAAAUUUAAAGUAUUGAUAUAUACCAAUCAAGUUGGUUUUGUGCGGCUCUCACAUAAUCCUCACUAUCAGUUUACAGGACUUUCCCUGGCUUCGCAGUGAUUUGAAAUGUUCGGGUCCCAAACAAGAAAUUUCAUUGUUACCACUUACAUCCGUAAAGACCAUAGGUCUAUCGUUAAACGCAGAAAUAUCUUGAAAUACAUUUAUUUUAUGGUUUCGUA